UUUCCCUGCUGGGGUGUGUGAACGAGUCUCUGAGUUUUAGAAGAAGUUCAUCCACCCAAAGGAGGAAAUCCCAUUUUUUUGCAUCACAGACUGAAACCUCAGCGCACUCGGCUGACCUCCAUCAUCUUCAUCAUCCUCUUCAUCAGUGACCAUGGCGGCCUGCGUCCUGCUGCUCGUCUCCUCGCUGCUGUGGGUCGGCCGAGCUGACGUGAACUGCAGAGGAACCGACGGUCGAGCCGGAGCGGCGGGAGCUCCGGGCCGAGGGGGGUGGCCCGGGGUGAAGGGGGAGAAAGGAGAGCCGGCUGUGAAGGUCGAGGGUCCGGCGGACGCGUUCGCCAUGCUGAGGCUGAAGGGGGAGGCGGGCAGCCAGGGAUCUCAAGGGGACAUCGGUCCGAAAGGAUACCGUGGAAAUCUGGGAGCGCUGGGCCGCCCCGGUCCGCCCGGACCCCCCGGCCUGGGCAGCAGGAGCGACGGCCGCAGUCAGUCCCCUCAGCAGCAGCGUCGUUCGGCCUUCUCGGCCAUCCGUUCAGAGAGCAGUUAUCCUCCCUUCAACCAGAUCGUCACCUUCCAGGAGACCGCGGUCAACAAACCUGACGACUUCAACGCGGCCACGGGGUACUUCACCUGCAGGGUCCCAGGGACCUACUACUUUAACUUCCACUCUACAGCCAAGGUCAGCAUCUGCCUGCGGCUCGCCAGCGAUGCUCUGGACAACAAGCUGGGCUUCUGCGAUUUCAACAAGAACCAGGACCAGGUGCUGUCGGGCGGCGCCGUGCUGCAGCUGGCGGCCGGCCAGAGAGUGUGGCUGGAGUCGUUCAGGGACGGACAGACCGACAACGACGCACGAGACGUCCGGGACAAGCAGAUCAUCUUCAACGGCUUCCUGCUCUUCCCAAAUGCAGCCUGACUGUUUCAAACCCGCCCGGCUGAAUCAGUUUCUUAAAACAAUUAAACAGUAUCCACUAAAGAAAGUAAUCCAUCACAGUGUCGUUCCCUCUAUUCUCGCCUGUCUUAACUUCAUAUUAAACAACAACAAAA